AAAGUGAGAACAAGAAACACAAAUUAAAUAAGUGACCUCUUUUGAAAAAUUUCAAAUAUAGACAAAAAUUGGAUAACUGAUCCUUUUUUGAAGAGGUUUUAGGUUAUGGGCCAAAGUCCACCUUUGGAAACAACAAAAUGAAAUGCAACUACAAAUAUCUGCAAUCUUAUCUGUUUCCUCCAAGUCUCAAAAGAUCUCCCCUGGAGACACAGAGAAGAAACAUGAAUUUCUCUUCAGUCUGCAUGCCCCUUUCACACUCUUCUCAUACUCUCUUGAACCCAUUUCUUGGUAAUGGCAAUCUUCUUUUUCCAAAACCAUAUGCUACUCCCAAGAGAAGACCUUCUUUAACAACAAGGGCACUUCUAUCCACUACCAAAGAAGUUGUGUUAAAGGAUUUCCAUGAAAGAAGAGCACUCAAGAUUAUCUCAGGUUUGCAGAAUUUUGAUAGAGACAAUGUUGCUUCAGUUGUUACGGCUGCAGACAAGGGUGGAGCAACUCAUGUAGACAUAGCUUGUGACCCAGAAUUAGUGAAGCUUGCCAUUAGCCUAACUUCUCUCCCGGUUUGUGUUUCAUCUGUAGAACCAUCUGCUUUCCUAGCUGCUGUUGAAGCAGGAGCCUUAAUGGCUGAGAUUGGAAACUAUGAUUCGUUUUAUGAGUCUGGCAUUCUUUUCUCCCCAGAGCAGAUACUAAGUCUAACGAAGGAGACUAGGAGUAUUCUUCCAUCCUUGACGCUAUCAGUUACUGUGCCUCACACACUUAGCCUACCUGAUCAGGUCAAGCUUGCAGAGCUGCUGGAAAGGGAAGGUGCUGACAUUAUCCAAACUGAAGGAGGAAAAUGUUCAACUCCUUCAAAACCUGGUGUCCUUGGUUUGAUUGAGAAGGCAACACCAACAUUAGCCGCAGCAUAUUCUAUUUCCAGAGCUGUGAAGCUUCCAGUUCUGUGUUCUUCUGGGCUUAGUGCAGUUACAGCCCCCAUGGCCAUCACAGCAGGAGCUUCAGGAGUGGGUGUUGGAUCUGCAAUCAAUAAGCUUAAUGAUGCUAUCGCCAUGGUUGCGGAGGUCAGAAACAUUGCCGAGUCAUUAAGUACAGCAGCUGACAGAAAAGCUAGAUAUGAAGAGAAGAUUUUGAAGAAUUAGUUCCCAUCUUUUCUUAUUAGGAGUAUGAUGAAAUAAGUACCAUUCUAGUUGGGGAGAAAAAAAAUAAAAAUCUGGCGUUUUUGCCAGAACAUAUCCAGACAUUUCAACCAGGUGAAAUAAAUCCAUUCUACAGACAUUCGUUGGAUUCCAAGCAGGAAGGUUAUUAACCUCAAAAAAUUGAAGAUAUUUGG